GGGGCAGCAGUGGAGGUGGGGCUGCACACCCGCAGACGCAGUCCUUCAGCUGGCUGCCGUCACAACAGCAGGUGCCUGGUUGCGGCAGCCAGGUUCUUACUGGGGCGUACUCUCAGAUAGCCGACCCGCAGUGGCGGUGGCAGCAGGGGCAGCAGCAGUCGCAGUGGCAGCAGGGGGGGCAGCAGCGCGGCAUGGGGGGCGCGGUGCGGCCGCGGCAGUGCGGAGUGGCGGUGCUGAGUGGGCCGGCGGGGUGCGGCAAGAGCGCGUGCGUGCGGGUCCUGGCGGAGGCGGCGGGAUUCGAGGUGGUGGAGUGGACGCCGCCGCCGCCGGUGCUGUGGCAUGAGUAUCAGUACCAGCGGUCAGCCCCGGGCGGCGGCGACAGCAGCGGCCCGCAGUCCUCCGCCUACCAGUCCAAGCUGGACGACUUCGAGUCCUUCGUGAGCCGCUCCAAGUACCCCUCCCUGGCGCUGACCUCCUCCUCCUCAGCAGCGGCAGCAGUGCAGUCCUCCCAGUUAGCCGGGUCCCAGCUCUCAAGGCCCGUAACCAACAACGCCACGGCCGGCUCACUAGCCCCAGGCCCCUCCACCUCCGGCGCCGGUCCCGGCCCGCCACCGUCAGCCCCCAUAGGCUGCCCCUCACGUCCUAAGCUGCUCCUGCUGGAGGACCUCCCCCACACGCACGACCCGGAGCGGCGGCAGCGGCUGGCGGCGGCGCUGAAGGACCUGGUGGCAUGUGCGCGGGG